UGAAGUAGAAAAGAAGAAUAAAAAAUGGAAGGCACUAUAGUGUUAUACCCCGACAUGGCCAUUGGCCACCUCGUAUCAAUCGUGAAACUAGCCAAUCUCAUUCUCGACCAAUACCAUCACCGCUUCUCCGUCACCGUCGUCAUCCCCGCAAACAAAUUUGUCACCCCAGACGUCACCGCCUUCCUCCACCGCUCUUCCGAAACUACCCCUUCCAUCACCUUCCACCACCUCCCUUCCCUCUCCAUCGUACCUUCUCCCAAUCGAAGCCGCGCAGCUGUCCGUGGCGAACUUGUUCGCUUCAACAACCCAAACCUCCUCCAUGCACUUCAAACCAUCUCGGAAACCUCCACUAUUCGAGCUUUUGUCAUGGACUACUGCUUUACCCCAGCCUUUUCCGUGGCAUCUGAUCUUGGCAUCCCCACAUACUACUAUAUCAGUACAGGUGCUCUCUUUCUCUCCUUCUUGCUCUAUCUCCCCACCAUCCAUAAUCAAACCACCAAGAGCUUCAAGCACUUCAACACCACCGAUCUGAAUUUCCCGGGCUUGCCGCCCAUCCCUGCCUCGCACAUGCCCGAACGGUUGCUUGACCGAGAUGACGAGGGCUACCCUUACUUCUUAGAGAUGAGUUUCAGCCUACCCAAAUCAAAGGGAAUUAUAGUGAACACUUUUGAAUCCCUUGAGUCAAGAGUGAUCAAAGCCAUCACUGAUGGGCUCUGCGUACCAAAAGCUCCAACUCCACCUGUUUACUGCAUCGGACCAUUGAUCGCCAGCCCCAUUAAUCGAUCUGUGGAGGGUGAAAGUGUAAGUCAGUGCUUGUCAUGGCUCGAUGCGCAACCGAGUCAGAGCGUUGUGUUCUUGUGUAUCGGAAGCCGAGGUGUGUUCUCGAAGGCCCAGGUGAAGGAGAUCGCAGUUGGGUUGGAGAAGAGUGGGCAGAGAUUCUUGUGGGCUCUGCGAAAACCGAUCUCAGAGGACAAUAAGAAACACUUUUCUAUGGAACGGGGAGAUUCGGAUUUGGAUGUUUUGUUACCGGAAGGUUUCUUGGACCGGACCAAAGACCGGGGUCUUGUGGUCAAGGAAUGGGCCCCGCAAGUGGAAGUGCUUAAUCGGGAAUCGGUGGGUGGGUUCGUGACUCACUGUGGGUGGAACUCGGUGUUGGAAGCGGUAUGUGCAGGGGUACCCAUGGUGGCAUGGCCUCUUUAUGUUGAGCAGCACAUGAACAGGGCAGUUUUGGUGGAGCAGAUGAAGUUGGCGAUGCCGAUGGAAGAAUCCGAAGAUGGGAUGGUGAGUGCGGCGGAGGUUGAGAAACGUGUGAGAGUAUUGAUGGAAUCGGAGGAAGGGAAGGUUUUCAGAAAACGGAGGCAAAAGAUGAAGGAAGAGGCCAUGGCUGCGUGGUCCGAGGCUGGUUCUUCUACAAUUGCUUUCACCAAGCUGGCCGAUUCAUGGAUCAAUUGAUGCCAA